AUGCUGUUCACAGUGGAGAGUGAUGUGCUGAUGAGCUCUAUCGGCACAGGAUACGAUUUGGGAUUAUUUUUCUCCCCUGACGGACGUCUUUUCCAGGCGGAAUACGCGUACAAAGCAGUAGAAAAUGCAAGUACUUGCAUUGGUAUAAAAUGUAAAGACGGUGUUAUUCUUGCUCUCGACUCUGUUGUUACUAGCAAACUACUUAAACCCAAGGCGAAUAAAAGAAUUGCAACCGUCGACCGUCAUGUUGGUCUUGCUGCCACUGGAUUCAUUCCCGAUGGCCAACACCUUGUGAAUCGUGCUCGGGAAGAGGCAAUGAAUUGGCGUGACAACUACCGUUCUCCUAUUUUGGGCGACACGCUGGCUGACAGACUGGGUAACUAUGUUCAAGUCUUCACAUGCUACUCCAGCGUUCGUCCCUUUGGUGUCAUGUCUUUUCUGUCUACGUACGAUAAGCAGGGCCCUCAUCUGUACAUGAUUGAGCCUAAUGGUGUAUACUGGGGCUACAAUGGUGCUGCUGCUGGCAAGGGACGUCAAGUCGCCCGCAACGAGCUCGAAAAACUCGACUUUAAAAACAUUUCCAUGAAAGACGCGGUGAAAGAGGCAGCAAAAAUCCUCUACACAACCAGAGAUGAAGAAACGAACAAACAGCAUGAAAUUGAAAUGACUUGGGUGGGUGCAGAGACAAAUGGUAUGCAUGUUCCCGUCCCCGAUGAUCUCUUGGCAGAGGCAGAGGCUUAUGCUCAACGCUCUAUUGAAGGUGAGGACGAAGUUGAAGAUGUGAGCAUGCAGUAG